AUGACAUUCCCCCUCCCAAACCCCCUAUCCCAAAUCCCCCGACACCCACUACUAUACGCACAUCCCUCACCGCUGCACCCACUCCCAACCCUGACCAAACACUUCACCCGCAAAACCAGCCAAAGCAAAAUCCAAAUAACCCUACACACCAAACGCGAAGACCAAGCCUCCCCGCUCGCCAGCUCAGGCAAUAAAUACCGGAAACUCGAGUACAUAAUCCCGGAUAUCCUCUCUCCGACGCCGAAAUAUGGGGGUUUAGGAUCGGGUCCGGACCGGGGGAGUGCUGCACCACCAACAUCAAGCGUGGUCACGGACCCCAGGCCCAACUCCCAAAACACAACAACAUCAACGACAACAUCAAGCAAUACGAAAACAAAAACAACAACCCUAGUAACAGAAGGCGCCCUCCAAAGCAACCACACCGUCCAAGUCGCAGCCCUGGCGCGACACCUAGGUCUCGACGCAGUGGUGAUCCUCCAUAAAGCCACGGGAGGCGGGUGGGGGGCGUCGUCGGACCGCCGGGCGUUUGCGCGGACGGGCAACGUGCAGAUUGCGCGGUUGCUGGGGGCGGAUGUGAGGGUUGUGGAGGGGUCGAGUGUUGCUGCUGCUGCCUCGAAAUCAGCCUCUUCAACUGGUCCUGGUGCUUCGAGUGCAGCAACUCAAGACACUAGUGGUCAACAUGAACCACCGGAAGAGAAAAGAGAAGACCCCGUAGCCUCAACGCUCCACUCCCUACAGCAUAACGAGCAAAAGGUUCCCUACUGGAUCCCUUCAGGCGCGAGUCUUCACCCGCUCGGUGGACUGGGGUAUGCGCGCUGUGCGUUCGAGAUUGUGGCGCAGGAGGGGCAUCGGCAGAAUCAGGACCUGCCGGACUUGAACACGAACCUGCACUCGAUCUCGAAAGCGAAUGGGAAUGAAAAGCAAAGAAUGGACUAUAUCUUCGUCGCCUGCGGCAGCGGGAGUACGCUUGGCGGCUUGAUAGCCGGGUUCAAGCUUCUGGAGAAGAUGGAGAGGGAGAGCACAUCCACGACCACGCGACAACAACGACCUCCCCGAAAAAUCAUCGGCGUCCUAACCUCCCCCACCUCCCCAAAGUCCUACCACGAGGAGCGCGUGCUGCGGUUCGCGCGACAGGCCGCCGGGCUCAUCGGGCUGGAUCCGCUCGCGGACAUCACGCCGGCGGACGUGCGGCUGGAGGACCGGUUCGUGGGGACCGGGUACGGGGUCCUGGACGCCGAGACCAAGGCGGCGCUGGAGACGAUGGCGCGCACCGAGGGCGUGCUUGUGGAUCCCGUGUACACGGCCAAGGUGGCGCGGGCGAUGAUGCACUGGGUGCGGUCGGGCGAGUUGGAGGCGGACUGGCGAUGUUCGUUUAGCGGUGGGCUUGCGGAGGAGGAGGAUGAUGAUGAUGAUGAUGAUGAUGAUGGCAUCCAAAAAAGCGGGCCCGUCAAUGUGCUUUUUAUCCAUACCGGGGGCCAGUCGGCGUUGAGUGCGUAUGCGGACGUUGACUGA